AUGAAGAUUCAGACACUAUUUUCGCUCGCCGCUGUAGGCCUUACCUUCGCUACACCAAUUCACAACCUUGAGAAGCGUGACCAAGAAACGUGUGUUAAAGAAGCUGUGCAAAAGGAACUCGGACAUUCCUUUGAUUUCUUGGCCGAAUCCAAUGAGAAGAACCGUGAACAGCUGGAUGGCUUUAUAUCAUGUAUUGCCGAAGAUGUUGGUCAGCUCAACGAUACUGCAGAGCUUACUCAGAAUCCCUUAGAAUGGCUGCAGUCUUCAGAAUGUGUCAAACAUUUUGGAGGAAAUUUCAUAAGUGCAUUGAUUUCCCAGGGAAAAAGAUUCCAGGAAUCCGUGACCGUGGCUCUCUCAGAAUCGGCCACAUGUUUCCAACAGCGAGAGGAGAAAUGA